AUGCAAAUGCUACAUAACAAUCGCAAACCUUGGACUAAGACAGAAAAAAAAUUGGCAUUAUCAAUAUACUAUAAAUCUCCUUCAACUUACAAAUAUAUGAGAAAACAAGGUGUUGUAUUACCCGGCGAAAGCACAGUGCGGCGAUGGUUGAAAUCAAUAGAAUACACUCCGGGAUUUAUUAAUGAUUAUUUAAAUGAAAUAAAAACAAAAGUAUCUGCUAUGUUGUUUACUGAUAGGAAAUGUGUAAUAUUACUGGACGAAAUGUCAAUACUAAAAUAUAUUGAAUAUAAUAAAGCACUUGAUAUGAUAGAAGGAUUUGAGGAUUUGGGUCCACUAGGCCGUUCAUCAAAUUAUGCAAAACAUGCUUUAGUUAUCAUGGUUAGAGGCCUAUAUAAAAAUUGGAAGUUUCCAUUAUGUUAUUUUUUAAGUGGCAACGGUGUUAGUGGAAAUGAACUUGUAAAUUUAAUAAAACAAAGUGUAAAACAGAUUUUAGAUAUUGGAUUACUACCAACAAGUAUUGUAUGUGACCAGGGGUCACAAAAUCGUAAACUAUUUUCUUUACUUGGAGGUACUGAACUUAAUCCAUUAUGUACAAUUCAUGCAUUAAAAAAUUUGUACACAUCCGAGUAUUCCGAUUUAAAAAGUAUUUCUUCACAAGUUGUCAAUAAAAAAUUCUUUUUACUAACGAAUAGAUUGAAUCAAGAUCCCUUGGAGAACAUGUUUUCUAUAAUGCGGCAAAAAAAUGGAUACACAAAAAACCCUUCAGCAAGAAUGUUUCGUAGUUGUUUUGCAAACAUAUGUUCUUUUUCAUUAAUGAAAGCAUCAGAUGAAUGUAAUUGUGAAUUAGAUGAAGACGAGUUUUUAUCAGUCGGUAUACUUGAUGAUGUAGAAGUUUCAAACACAAUUCAAAAUUGUACUGAAGAUGUGUGUACAAGUGUCGUUGUCAGACAUCAACAAGUUCAUUUUCGUCGGAGUCCAAUGAAGAAAAUGUCGGCAAUGAAAAAUCAACAUUAG